GGUAACGGGGGCCUUUCUCUGAGGGCGGCGCGCACCAUGGCGGCGCCCUUGCUGAGCGCGGCGCUGUGCGGCGUCCGGGGCGGGCGGGCCUUCGGCACGGCCGCUGUGCUCUGCAAGCGGGCAGCCCCGCUGGGGCCGAUGCCCAACGAAGAUAUUGACGUCAGCAACUUGGAAGCGCUGGAAAAAUACCGCAGUUUCACUCGCUACUUCAAGCUGGCGGAAAAGGAGAGCAGGAAGCCCCGCUGGUGGAAAACGUACCGGCAGCACACCAACCCCCAGCCAGAGCCAAAGACAGACAUCAGCUUACUGCAUUGUAAGCUGCCACGGGCAAAAGAAAUCAAGGAAAGAAAAAAGAUCCUGAGGGAGAACCGCCAGAAUGCCGAGAUGGAAAGAGCAGCACGGCUCCGGACUGUGCUGAUCCCCCUCGAUGAAGUCAGAGCUGAGUGGGAGAAGACCAGCGGCCCAUUCCACAAGCAGCGUGUGGCGGAGCACUGCGGGAUAUUUCGUGACUUGUUCAAGGGGGCUACAUUCACCCCCUGGGUUACCUUGAGGGUGGAGUACAGCCAAGAAGAUGAGGACCUCGUGCCGGUCUACUAUGGGAACAUGGUGACUCCAUCAGAGGCUUCCAGUCCCCCUGCAGUGUCAUAUGAGGCAGAGAAAGGCGCUCUCUGGACUUUGUUGCUGACAAAUCCAGAUGGGCAUUUACGAGACGCAAACUCGGAGUACCUCCACUGGCUGGUGACAAACAUCCCAGGCAACGACAUCAAGUUGGGCAAGGAGAUCUGUCAUUACUUACCCCCCUUCCCUGCCAUGGGAACCGGCUACCAUCGCUUCAUCUUCCUCCUCUUCAAGCAAGACUGCCCCAUAGAUUUCAGCGAGGAUGUUCGGCCCAUGCCAUGCCACAGCCUCAAGAUGCGAACCUUUAGCACGUUUGACUUCUACAGAAAGCACGAGGAUGCAAUGACCCCAGCAGGACUGGCUUUUUUCCAGUGUCAGUGGGACAGCUCCGUUACUUCGGUCUUCCAUCAGCUUCUCAAUAUGAGAGAGCCUGUGUAUGAAUUUGUGCGGCCGCCCGUUUACCAUCCUCCGCAGUUAAAGUUCCCGCGCCACCAACCUCUGAGGUACCUGGACAGAUACCGAGACACUGAGGAGCCCACCUACGGCAUUUACUAGGGGUCUGGCCGGCUCUCGAGGUGCUCCGGGGUUUGCUAGGACGCCAGCCAGGUGUUGGGGCUGCCGGCUUCCCUACAUUCACACAGCUGUGUGCAGCUGGAGCCACCUGCACCUCUGGAGGGAGAUGAUGAAGUCUCAACCCCUUGGCUCCCAGUUCCCCUGUGUGGGAAUUGUGCAGCUGAGGGCAACGGGUGUUCGCAGUGCUGGCAGCUGUGUGGUCAAAAGGCUACUGAAAGAGGAUGUUCACAGAUGAAAGCAAAUCCAUGGCCGGGCUGAAAUCUUGCUACUGAUUCUGUCACGGUGGCAGGGUGGAGUCCCGCUGCCUUGCUUCUGUGCAGGGAUCACAGGAUCCUUUUGCCUGUUUAUGGGACAAACAGAGCCAGGCAGCCUGGAUUGCCUCCCGUCACUGUGCUGUGGUUCAGGACUGUGUCAGUUUUCAUUUGUGCAGUCCUCUUGAAGAGGUGGGUCUGAUUAAACACACUCUGGGCAA